AUCAUCUUGACGUACAUACGAGGAGCGAAACGGGAAAACUUUAGCACCGUUUUCAGACAGAGAUUCUGGAAAGUCAAAAGCGACAACGUAUCCCCCCGCACUUCUCCAAGUGGUUGGUCGGCGCCGACUCCAUCCAGGAAUCGCCCUGAGAUCUUUUAACUUGGAACCGAUAAGCUUCUCUCCGUGUCGUAGAACCCAUCAGACGAAGAGAAACGGAGGGAUUUUCCAAGUGUCUCUAAUUCUUUGAAAAUCUGACAAGUUCUCUUGGAACAAUAACGCUCCCUGAUCAGGUAUUGCUCGCUCGCCAUAAACAACCUACAAUAUGCGCGAACUCACGGUCUCCGGGUCUCCAUUUGAGAUAGGUUUCCAGCAUGGCUCAAUCGCAAAGAAAGAAGUAUUGGGUUCACUUGCAUUCUACACAGCCUACUAUGAAAGGAAAGCCAAAACGAGCUGGGCAGCAGCGUCAACAACAGCCGAGGAAUGUGUUCCUUUGUUAGAGAAAGACUGGCCCCAGUUUGUUGAAGAAAUGAAAGGAAUCGGGCAGGGAGCUGGGCUUCCAUUCCUGACGGUGUUGGCGAUGAACUUACGUCAAGAAAUAUCAAUGGGUCUCGAAGCUGAUGGCUGCACUUCAUUUGCAUGGAAGACAGAUGAUGUCUCCCUUCUCGCUCAGAACUGGGAUUGGGAGGAAGCUCAACAGGCAAACCUCAUUCACCUCAACAUUAAACGAGAUUCCAAGCCCUCAAUCAGUAUGGUCACAGAGGCAGGAAUCAUCGGCAAGAUAGGUCUGAACUCAAUGGGAGUAGGCGUCUGCAUCAACGCUAUCCGAGCCCGAGGAGUCGACUUCAGUCGUCUUCCAGUUCAUCUCUCUGUCCGUGCAGCUCUCGAUUCCACCUCAAAAGCUGAAGCACUCGCCAAACUCGACAAAGCAGGCGUAGCGUCAGCUGUCCACUUGUUUAUCGGCGAUGCCACUGGCUCAACAUCUGUCGAGUUCAGCAAUCUAGACAUUAUCAAAUUCGAGAUGAAAGAUGGCCAGAUUGCGCAUUCAAAUCACUUUAUUGUACCACAUGCUGAAGGGGUGAAGCCUGCUUCGUUCUCUCAGGACUCGCUUGAGAGAAUUGUGAGAGCGAGGGAACUUCUGGCCGCGGCUGCUGCUGAGACGGAGAAACCGCCCACGAUACGCAUGAUUGAAAAAAUGCUGGAAGAUGAACAGGGCCUUCCGGGUGCUAUCAAUAGGGCUGCAACGUUGCAGAGCCCGAGCUUGACGCUGUUUGGUAUUGUAAUGGAUUUGAAGGAGAAGAAGGCUUCGGUGAGGGUUGGGAGACCUACUGAGUGUAAGGGCUAUGUGACUUUGAAUCCUUUGACCUUUUGAGAUGCAGAAUUCUGGAGAUAGCUUCCCUUUUCACUGAUCUUGGAUUCAUACUUGGAUUUGGAGAUUUUGUGUCAUUUCGCCUCCCGCUGCGGAAUUUCGAGCUUCAAUCGAGGAAUCGAAGGUGUCAAUCUUGUACGUGUUCAGGAUCUCCUACUUCCUGGACUUCUGGCACGUUCUGAAUUACCUCUGAAGUCGUCCUUUACGUCCGACGAGCUUAUUAUGAAAGAGUUGUAGUUGAAAGUGAAGCACGUUAUGAAAGUUGCAUACAUGAG